UGCGCGCAGGCUUCGUCUUCCGGUGUGUUUUCAAGGCUCCGUUGCACUCGACCAAGCUUGGAGCCUCCCUUUCAACAAUCCAACACAAUAAAAGCCCAAGUGAUUGGAACCAAAAGUACCUCUCUGGUGGGAAAGAGCAACAAGAAAGCCAAGAAUGUCGUUUCGCUCCUUUUGCCGUACCGUGAAGCUUGCGCUGCUGUUGCUUGCCUGCUUGAUUGUGAUUGAGAUUGAUGUGGAUUUACAAGCUUUGCGAGAAUCCGUUCGUAGAGCUCAAGAGCAAGGCAUCGUCGAGGCGUUCAAUAAUAAUAAUGGGACCGCGAUAUGGCGUCGUCGCAACACCACCAUCUUCUCCGAGCAAUUCGCGUGGUCAUUUCAGGAUUUGUUCGUUCGACAUGACGACGACAACAUGUUGUUGGUCAUGGACGACGACGAGUUUUUACAGCGAGACGAUAUGUUUGUGCCGGAAGAUGAAAACGACAACGAAAACAUUGGAACAUCACAUCACGAAACACUUUUAGAUGUGAUUGCCAGUGGCACUGUGGGUGACUUUGAAAGCGUCAAAUCUUCAGAACAGAAGGAGAAUGCUGCGAGUGAUGACCUCAAGCAGGCCGAGAGCCGUCAAGAGCCUGAAGAAAAGCUUGCCAGUACGCUAGAGAAAAAUUACGAAGCAAGUUCCUAUACUCCAAGUCACAGGAGCAUCCGAGAGAAGACUCGUCGUCUGGGAGAACGGAAUGAGGACAUUCACUCAAAGGGGGUUGAUUUCUUGGAAUUGACAGAAUGGGAAGAACAAUCAUUGCAAGGACUUCUCUCGCCCAAUAGCCCAAACAACAAUCCUGAAGAUUCCUGUCAACCACCCAAUGGCAUCAGUCGUACCUGCUGCCUUGGUAGCUUCAGCAGUGGAGGCAACGUAGAAUCUUCGUUGAGAGGACAAUGCCGUGCUUCCAUGCAGAACCUGGGGGCUGUCCGAGAACACGCCAAACUCUUUUUGCAGCAACACCCGGUCACUGAUGCUGCAACUUCAACAACUAAUUGCGAUGUGUGUCAGAUUGUGGAAGUGGCCCUCCAACACAAUCUAUCCAUUGCGUUGAUUGGAGACAGCAUGCACAACCAAGUUAUGGAUGGUCUGAGCUGUGAACUGGAAAGGCGAAACUAUCAAGUCACCACGGAAUGGAUUCAUCAUCAGAAUGUACCCAAGAACGUCCCGUACAUGGUGCACUCUCAGACUAGACUCAUUCAUAUUCGGUCGCCACUUUGGGAGGAUGCGGUUGUCACCAUUCAGUAUCAUCAAAUCUACCGCUUGCCCUUGCUUGAUGACAGUGUCAUGCCCAAACUGACGGCUCAAGCGGACGUUGUGGUGCUGGGAUUUGGGCUGCAUUGGUGGUAUGGAAACACGGCGGGGAAGGGGCAGCAGGCCAUGAGGCGAGAGGACAACUAUGUAAAGUACAUGAGCAAGCUCUUCCGAGAUGUUACGAAACAAGGACAUGUGAAAUUGCUGGUUCAUCGAGAGACAUCGGCACAGCAUUUUGAUGCACGAGGUGGUGAAUACUCCUUAUGGAAUCGACAGUCUAUCCUAAACAGAUCGGGCAAGUGCCAUCCAAUGGAUCCACAGGGCGAUGCUUACAAGUGGAGAGAAAAGGCCGUUGAAAGGGCAGCUGCGAAAGCUGGUCGUAAGUUGCUAGUUGCCGGGCCUGACAUGCCGCGUUUCAGACAACACGACAAACAGAAUGAGUUGGUUGUGCUCCCGUACUUUGACUUUACAUCCCAGCACCACGGAAUGCACCCACGGCGAAAAGACAAACAUGGCGUUGAUGACUGUACCCACUACUGCAGCUCUCCGUUCAUGUACAUGCCCAUUUGGAGGUCUCUACGUCUUGCCAUGGAUCGUCAGUUCCCACUUCAGCAAUAAAAACCAGCUCGACGUAGCGUGCUGCCAACUCCUUCCGUUCAUUUCUCAGUGCAUAUCAUAUUUUCAUUAAUAAAUCAGUUAUCCUUCUAUCC